AGAGCAGAACCGGAAGCGAACAAGCGUCGACUUCCCCUUAUUUUAGACGCACCGAACGGAUAUACAACAUUCGUUUUUUUAACUCGGCCGAGGAAGAAUUUGUCAGCGAAGUGGCGAGUUUUUUGGCGAGAAGGGCGUGCUUAAAUCCCAACUGUUGGCACGCUUGGUCCCCCCCUUCCUCCUCCUCCUCCCCCCUCCUCCGUGUAUUCCUCCGCCCCAUUGCUGGAUGCUAGCUCGGUGUAGCCAUUGCAUGUCGUAGCACUCCCCCCCUAGUCCAAAGUUGUGUUGCGCCCCGAUUGUUUGGUCUUUUUUCAUUUUUUUACCCCCCUCCCGUCGGAUAUCAGUGUGCGUCAAGAUGGGGUGUACUCUGAGCACGGACGACAAGGCGGCUCAGGAGCGGAGUAAGAUGAUCGACAGGAACCUCCGGGACGACGGCGAGAAAGCCGCCCGGGAGGUGAAGCUGUUGCUGCUCGGUGCUGGGGAGUCUGGGAAGAGCACCAUUGUUAAGCAGAUGAAGAUCAUCCACGAGGCGGGCUACUCCGAGGAGGAGUGCAAGCAGUACAAAGCGGUGGUCUACAGCAACACCAUCCAGUCCAUCAUCGCCAUCAUCAGAGCCAUGGGACGCCUCAAGAUUGACUUUGCCGAUCCGGCCAGAGCGGAUGACGCUCGGCAGCUGUUUGUGUUGGCCGGCUCGGCCGAGGAGGGCUUCAUGACAGGCGAGCUGGCCGGGGUCAUCCAGCGGCUGUGGAAGGACGGAGGAGUCCAAGCGUGCUUCAGCCGCUCCCGAGAGUAUCAACUCAACGACUCGGCAGCAUACUAUUUGAAUGACUUGGACAGGAUAUCACACGGCGCUUAUGUGCCCACCCAGCAGGACGUGCUGAGGACCAGAGUGAAGACGACCGGCAUCGUGGAGACACACUUCACCUUCAAGGAUCUGCACUUCAAAAUGUUUGACGUGGGUGGCCAGAGGUCCGAGAGGAAGAAGUGGAUCCACUGCUUCGAGGGCGUCACCGCCAUCAUCUUCUGCGUGGCUCUCAGCGACUACGACCUGGUGUUGGCCGAGGACGAGGAGAUGAACCGAAUGCACGAGAGCAUGAAGCUGUUUGAUUCCAUCUGCAACAACAAGUGGUUCACGGACACCUCCAUCAUCCUCUUCCUCAACAAGAAGGACCUUUUUGAGGAGAAGAUCAAGAAGAGCCCCCUCACCAUCUGCUACCCAGAAUAUGCAGGAUCCAACACCUACGAAGAGGCGGCCGCCUACAUCCAGUGUCAGUUUGAAGACCUGAACAAGAGGAAGGACACCAAGGAGAUCUACACCCACUUCACCUGCGCCACCGACACCAAGAAUGUGCAGUUCGUGUUCGACGCCGUCACCGACGUCAUCAUCAAAAACAACCUGAAGGACUGCGGCCUUUUCUAAAGGCAUCCAAGCGGACACACAAGGAGCGUCGGACCUUGGCUGACCAACGUCACUUUUAUCGUCUUAUUAAUAACUUAUGUUCAUCUCUAAAAAGUUUUAAUGGCGGGAGUGUAGACAAAACAUUUUUGUGUAAGAUAUUUGUACAACUGUCGAUGGCUGGGGAUUUUUCACCGUUUUUUAAAAUAUGUGCUAUCAUUUUUAAUUUUUUUAUAUAUAUAUAUAUACAUAUACAGUAUAUGUAUUACAUAUAUAUAUAUAUAUAUAUAUGUCGAGGUUACUGUGGUUUAUCCGUUAUACAGUGCUCAAUACCGGGGUCGAGCGGAAUAUACGUUAAGUCAGGAAAAAACACAGAGGCUAUUUCAUUCCUACAAGCCUGUUUAGCAGGUUUCCCUGCUCUUCAGGGGGUUUACUUUUUUUUUUUUUUUUUUAAUCCCCUGAAGAGCAGGGAAACAUGCUUGUAGGGGUGAAAUAGCCUCUGUUUGUUUGCUCAAUACCGGGGUCGAGCGGAAUAUACGUUGGGUCAGGAAAAAACACAGAGGCCAUUUCAUUCUUACAAGCCUGUUUCGCAGGUUUCCCUGCUCUUCAGAGGACUAAAAAAACCUGAAGAGAAGGGAAACCUGCGAAACAGGCUUGUUGGGAUGAAACAGCCUCUGUUUGUUUGCUCAAUACCGGGGUCGAGCGGAAUAUACGUUAGGUCAGGAAAAAACACCGACGCUAUUUCAUUCCUACAAGCCUGUUUCGCAGGUUUCCCUGCUCUUCAGGGGAUAAAAAAUGUUUUUAAAAAAAUCCCAUGAAGACCAGCGAAACCUGCGAAACAGGCUUGUAGGGAUGAAAUAGCCUCUGUUUUUUUGCUCAAUACCGGGGUCGAGCGGAAUAUACGUUGGGUCAGGAAAAAACAGAGGCUAUUUCAUUCCUACAAGCCUGUUUCGCAGGUUUCCCUGCUCUUCAGAGGAUUAAAAAAAACCUGAAGAGCAGGGAAACCUGCGAAACAGGCUUGUUGGGAUGAAACAGCCUCUGUUUGUUUGCACAAUACCGGGGUCGAGCGGAAUAUACGUUAGGUCAGGAAAAAAACACAGAGGCUAUUUCAUUCCUACAAGC